GGUUCGUGUUUCAUUUGUAUAAUUUGGGAGGUGCUGUGUAAAAUUUUUACGCGAAAACUGUUUGUGAGAUAGCGUCUGUGUGUCGUCGUUGUUCCGAUUUCGUCUGUUGUACAACCCAGAGAGCAGCAUGGCGUCAAGAAAGACGAAAAAGACCACAAAAAAGCGGGCCCAUCGAGCCACUUCGAAUGUAUUUGCCAUGUUCGAUCAGAACCAAAUUCAAGAAUUCAAAGAGGCCUUCAACAUGAUAGAUCAAAACAGCGAUGGUUUUGUUGAUAAAGAGGAUUUGCACGAUAUGCUGGCUUCACUGGGUAAAGAUCCUACCGACGAGUACUUGGAAGAGAUGGUGAAAAUGUCACCGGGUCCUAUCAACUUUACAAUGUUUUUAACAUUGUUUGGCGAGAAACUGAACGGGACAGACCCUGAAGACGUGAUAAAUAACGCUUUUGCCUGUUUUGACGAAGAUGGCAACGGCAAAGUACAUGAAGAAUUACUUAAAGAGGCCCUAACUACUAUGGGAGACAGAUUCACUGAAGACCAAGUAGAUGACGUGCUUCGUGACGCCCCGAUCGACAAAGAUGGUUAUCUGGAUUUCACGAAGUUUACUCACAUCUUAAAACACGGCAAAAAGGACGACAACGAUUAACGCUGCAAGAAUCGUUUCAGUAAAGCCUGUUUUUGUUGAGGGAAUUUUUUAACGGUCUACUUUUUACCAAAAUGCUUUUUAGGAGAUAAAUUUUAGUUUUAGUGUGGUAAGAUUAACGAAUUUUGCCAUUUAUGGCACUAUAUUGCCUUUGGAAUGUCUGGCACGGGAAUCAAUCAAAUGGAACGAAAUGGCUCAAGUGACUCACGAGAAUUUAUUGACCGGCCUUUUCAAGGACAGCAAAUAACUUGGGGUUCAAUAAUACUUGUGGAUCGCUUUUUAAUGAUAAAUUUUGUAUCGCAAUAGCCCUGUACUUGAACACAUCGCUGAAGUUCUCCUGGUGUCUUGUCAGGUUUAUGUUUGUCGAUGUAAGUCCUAAUUAUCUUAUAUUUCUAGUGCUUAGCAUCAGCUUACAAUUGAAUUGUUAGUGCCACAAAAUAUAUUUUAUAAAUAAAACAAGAACAGGAGUAAAACAUAA